GGGAUCGGGAUACAACAGGAAAAAUAAUAGGACGCCAUCUAUGCGCGCUAAAAUGUUUACUGUGAAAAUGAAAACAAAUGAGGAAAAUUGACUUGUAAAUGAUUGCAUGCAGGAUAUAUUUCAUCGAAUAGUGUAAUUGAACAAUUAAACAAUGGCGGGAUACCUUAAGUACAUCGAAGUAGACAAUUUUAAGUCCUACAUUGGACAACAAAGAAUUGGACCCUUCGAUCGCUUUACUGCAAUUAUUGGACCAAAUGGAUCUGGUAAAUCUAACUUGAUGGAUGCCAUCAGCUUCGUACUUGGAGAGAAGACAUCUAAUUUGAGAGUCAAGAGAAUGAGUGAUUUGAUUCACGGGGCUCCCGUGGGGAAACCAGCAGCCAACAAAGCCUCAGUGACUGCUGUGUACGUGAACUCGGCAAACGGAGAUGAAACACACUUCACUCGGGUCAUCCAUGGUUCUUCAUCAGACCAUAAAAUCAAUGGAAAGACAGUGUCUGCCCAAGACUACGCCAAUGGUCUGGAAAAGAUAGGCGUUCUUGUCAAGUCCAAGAACUUUCUGGUGUUCCAAGGCACAGUGGAAAGUAUAGCUAUGAAGAACGCAAAAGAAAGAAUGGUCAUGUUUGAAGAAAUUAGCAGAUCUGGUGAACUUAAGGAGGAGUAUGACAAAGCUAAAGCAGAGAUGAACAAAGCGGAGGAGGAUACUCAGUUUAAUUAUCACAAGAAGAAAGGUAUUGCUGCCGAAAGGAAGGAAGCUAAAAUGGAAAAAGAUGAGGCAGAGAGAUAUCAGCGACUGAAAGAGCAAAUGGCAGAAAAACAGCUGGAAUUGCAGUUGUUUAAACUCUUCCACAAUGAAGCUGAGAUUGACGAACUGGCGGAUGAACUGCAGAAGAAAACUGCUCAAAGUGAACGGGAAAACAGAAAAAGAGAAAGGAUCGAGGACGAAAUUAAGGAAAAGAAGAAGGAACAAGGAAAGGCUGCCCGAGAGUUGACGAAAGUUGAGCAGUCUAUAAAGGAAUCGGAAGUGGAACUGAACAAGAAGCGACCAUUGUACAUAAAAGCCAAAGAAAAGACUUCCCACAUGAUCAAGAAACUGGAUGCUGCCAAAAAAUCACUAAAGCAAUCAAAAAAGAGCCACGAGAACCAUGAAACAGAGAUUCAAGAGAUGGAGAAAGAACUAGAGGAGGUAGAGAAAAAACAGCAGGAGUUUGAGAACCAGAUCGAGGAGGAGUCUCAGUCCCAAGGAAGGGAUCUGGACUUGGAGGAAAAUCAGCUGCAAGAAUAUCACCGCCUGAAAGAGGAAGCUGGGAAAAAUGCUGCCCGAUACAUGCAGGAAAUGGACUCCAUCACCAGGGAGCAGAAGUCGGACCAGGAUCGCUUUGACACAGAAACUCGCAAGAAGAAUGAACUUAUAGCUAAGAUCAAACAGAAGGAAAAUGAGAUGGAAGAGAACAGAAAGAGAGUGGAAAAACUGGAUGAUUACGUCAGGACCAGUGAAACAGCUGUUUCAGACUUGAAGAGGUCGGAGGGCGAGUUGUCUGAGCAGGUGGAGAUGGCAAAUGUCAGAAUUAAUGAGAUUAACGAUGAAUUGGCCUCCAUCAUGGAUCAGCUGGGAGAGGCGAAGGUGGACAAACAUGAAUCAUCUAGAGCCAUCAAAAAGAAGGAAUUGCUUGAGAAUCUCAGGAGACUCUUUCCAGGAGUGCAUGGUAGAUUGAUCGACCUUUGUGAACCAAGCCACAAGAAGUAUCAGAUAGCCAUCACUAAGGUGCUGGGUAAGUACAUGGAUGCCAUCGUGUGUGACACAGAGAAGGCUGCCAAGGACUGCAUUCAAUACAUGAAGGACCAGAGAAUCGAACCCGAGACCUUCCUCCCACUAGACUAUCUAGAUGUAAAACCAGUCAAUGAAAAAUUAAGAGAAAUUCGUGAGCCACGGAAUGUGAAAUUGGUUGUUGAUGUGAUUCGCUAUGAUCCACCUUCCAUAAAGAAGGCCCUCCUGUUUGCCUGUGGUAAUGCCUUGGUGUGUGACACAGUAGAGGAUGCGAGACAUGUGGCCUUUGGAACACAUGACAGACAUAAAUCUGUGGCCUUGGAUGGAACAUUAUUUCAGAAAUCUGGAGUCAUUUCUGGGGGUGCUAGCGACUUGAGGGCUAAGGCCAGGCGUUGGGAUGAGAAACAGCUGGGACAGUUGAAAAACAGAAAGGAAAAGUUAUCAGAAGAGCUGAAGGAGUGGGUGAAGAAGAAGAGGAAGGAGUCGGAACUCAGCACAAUGAGGUCGCAGAUGAAGGGAUACGAAACACGACUCAAAUACUCCGUCACCGACCGCGAUAACCUGUUGAACAAGCACCUGACACAGAAUGAGAAAGAUCUGAGUAUGUACAACCAAAUGUUGGAGCAAUAUGAUCCUCGAAUGCAAGAGAUAGAGAAGAGGAUGAUGGAGAGAGGACAGCAGAUGAAGAUUCUGAAGGAGAAAAUGAAUCGCGUGGAAGACGAGGUCUUCCGUGACUUCUGUCUGAUGUUGGGAGUCAGCAACAUCAGACAAUUUGAAGAAAGAGAGUUGAGAUCACAACAAGAGAGAGCCAAGAAAAGACUGGAGUUUGAAAACCAGAAGUUCCGGUUACAGAACCAGAUAGAAUUUGAGAGAUCACGAGACACGAUAGCUAAUGUUAGAAAAUGGGAAGCAUCUGUGAAGAAUGAUGAAAAGGAAUUGGAAAAGGUGAAGAAUGAUGAAUCAAGGCAUAUGAAGAUCAUAGAAGAAGCUAUGGACCAACAAGAAAAAGCCAAGAGACAAAGGUUAACAUUCAAGUCACAGGUGGAUGAUUUUGAAUCGGAAGUAAAUGAGAUUAAAAAGCGAAUGAAUAACCAACAAAAAGAAGUGGCCAAUGCCCAGAAACAAAUCACAAUGGUGGAAACCAAACUGGAGCAAAAACGAGCUGAUAGACACAGUCUGUUGAAAGCCUGCAAGAUGGAUGACAUUCGGUUGCCAAUGAAGUCAGGUACGAUGGAGGAUAUUAGUCGUGAGGAUGAGCCUUCCAGUCAGCCGGACGGUGGCAGUCAGUCCACCACAGACACGCCCCUGGACAGCAUGAGUUCUCAGGGACAACGAGCGAUAUACGCCAAGGAGGCUCAGAUCCAGAUAGACUACAGCUCACUGGACGAGGACUAUAAAGAGUUGGAUUCCCAAGAUGAUGUGAAAAAACAAACAGAUGUCAUGACGAAAGCUUUAAGUGAUAUGAAUUCAAAUCUAAAUCGAAUCAAUGCUCCCAAUAUGAAAGCCAUAGAAAAAUUGGAUGGUGUUAGAGAGAGGUUCCAGGAAACAUCUGAGGAGUUUGAAAAUGCCAGGAAGCGUGCCAAGAGGGCCAAACAAGCGUUCGAAAAAAUCCGUAAAGAAAGAUACGACAGAUUCAUGCACUGCUUUGAGCAUGUAUCCACACGGAUUGAUGAAAUUUACAAGGCCUUGGCAAGGAACCAGAGUGCCCAGGCUUUCUUGGGACCGGAAAACCCAGAGGAGCCGUACUUAGAUGGUGUUAAUUACAACUGUGUGGCGCCCGGUAAACGGUUCCGACCCAUGGACAACUUGUCUGGUGGAGAGAAGACUGUGGCAGCUCUAGCGUUACUGUUUUCAAUUCACAGUUACCAGCCUGCCCCAUUCUUUGUGUUAGAUGAGAUUGAUGCUGCUUUAGAUAACACGAAUAUUGGCAAGGUGGCCUCCUACAUCUGCGAGCAAUCCAGAACCUCAUUUCAGUGCAUUGUGAUCUCGUUGAAGGAAGAGUUCUAUAAUAAAUCAGAUGCUCUCAUUGGGAUUUACCCAGAGCAAGGCGACUGUGUGAUUAGCAAUGUACUGACCCUUGACCUAAAACAAUACCCAGAAUCCCAUCAAGAUGAGGACGGAUUUCAAGGGGUCCAUCGAUGAUCUUAACAGCACUGGCUUUUAUAACCCGAAAAGAAAACUCCGCAAAUUUUUAUAAGAUUUAGUACUGGCAGCAGUGUGUGGAGAGCUUUUUGUAAGGUUACAUAUUGAAUUCAAACAUGUAUUUUCAUGGAUAUUUAUAUGAAAGUUCACUGUUGUAAAUCUGGUGCAAGUUGUGUGAUGAAAGAACAUUUUACCAUUUGAAAAUAUUGUAAAUCUUCAUUUUAUGUUGUACACCAACUUUUAGUAAAAUAAUUAGACAGUUCGACCCAUGAUCUGAGAAGUUUAUCAUAUAUUACAUUUUAGACUUGUUUUAAAUAUGUUGUGAUAUAUAUUGUAAAAUAAAUAGUAGUCAUGACAUUCAUUAA